AAUUAUUUUUUUUCAUUAUUAUAUGCACGCACGUGAUUAACGAGGUUCUGAGUGGAAAAUUUUCAAAAAAAAACCGAAACUUUAAAUAUAAAAAUGGAUCCAAACGAAACAUCAAGUAAUCAAUCGGAAAAUUAUGUGAACAAUGAAAAUGAAGAAGAAGAAGAUGAUGAUGAUGAUGAAGAAAUUCGAAAGAUUAAAAUUGCCUUAGAAAUGAAUCAAAUGUUGACCGAACAAUUCAAAUGGAAACGACAGAAAAUCCAACAAUUACAAGAUUUAGAUUUUCGUGAUAAUGAGUAUGAUGAUGAUGAUGAUAAUGAUGAUGAAUCAUCAACAAAUUCUGUUCGCAAUCUAACACAUUUGGAGAAACGAAAUUCAACAAUGUUUUUGACAAAAUUUUAUAAACCAUAUCUUCGUGAUGAUCGUGGUUUUAGUGCACCGAAUCUAUUCAAUCCAGAACAUGAAUAUGUUCUGGAUACUCGAAUCCAAAUGUGUUUGCAUCAUCAAUGUCCUGUUCGUAAUUGGAAAACAAGUGAAAUUAAAAUCAUUCGUAAUGAAGUUCAAUCACAAAAUCUAUUCAAACAGACACGUUCGAUUGUCAAACGUAUUGAAGAAUUGUUAGUAUUAAAAGCACGUACAGCCGAACAAACUGAAGAAGUUAAUCGAUUGAAUUCUGAAUUAGCAAUGAAACGAUUAUCACAAGAAGAACCGGAACGAUUCUGUCCACAAAUCGAUUGGUUAGCCAUUGCAAAAUUAUGUGAAAACGAAGAUCGAAAUGAAAAUGAUUAUGAACUUUAUUACAAUAAUUAUCUACAUUCCAGUGUUAAUCGUAAUGAAUGGACCGAAGAUGAAGAUGUACGUCUUAAAGAAUUGAUUGAAAAAUAUGGUGAAAAUAAUUGGGAUCAAGUAGCGGCCGAAUUGUCCGUUACUGGUAGUCAUCGUCUAGCAUGGCAAUGUUGUUCCCGUUAUCAAUCACGACAUUCAAAAUCGAUGCAUAUGACUGGACCAAUUGAAGGUGAGGAAGCGGAAAAACUUUCACAUUUAAUUGAACUAGCACGUACAAAUGCCGGUGAAGUGGAUUGGAAAUAUGUUUUCCGUGUACAUGAAGGUCGACGAAUAUCACAAAUAAAACAUUUCAAUAAUCAACAGCUACUUGAAUCAUCAAAUUGGAAACGAUGGAAACGUUGGACACAGCUAGAGGAUACGAUAAUUUUUGCUGCACAUAAAUAUUAUCAAAAUUAUAUUGAAAAAAAUGAAGGCAUCUAUGUAAAGAUUGCACAACAUUUACCGAAUCGUACAAAUAGACAGAUACGUGAACGUUAUACAAUGAUAUUAUCACAACAACGACAACAACGUGGUGAUUGGAAAUUAAAUGAUGAUAUGAAAUUGAUGCUAGCAUGUGCCGAUGAUUUACGUGUUGAUGGAAAAAUUGAUUAUAUACGUUUGAAUCGUAAUCAUUUUCCAUACCGUAAUGCACAUCAAUUAUUUCAUCGUGUACGAUUAUUAACACGAUAUAUACCUAGUAAUUUUUUUCAACAACAACCAAUCAAUGAAAAACAAUUAAUGGAAUGUUUACAAACAGUGAAAACAAAACGUUUAUCGUGGAAACAAAUAUCGCAACCAAAAUUGCCUAAAAAUUCUAUGAAAUUAUUAAAUUAUAUACGAAAAUUGUCCGAUAUUCAACAGAUGAUUAUCGAUGGUAAACAUAAUCCAGAUGGUCAAAAUGAUGAUGAAAAUUCAACUAGCGGUGAUAAUGAUAAUGAUGAUAAUGAUAAUGAUGAUAAUGAUGAUGAUGAUGAUGAUGAUGAUGAUGAUGAUGAAACAACGACAACAAUGAAUUUACCAACAGCAUUAACAGUAUUGACACGGCCAAAUGAUGAUAAUUGUGAACAACAAUGGACAAUCGAUUCAUGUAUACAACUAUAUAAACAUCUUAAACCAUUGGCUAAUUUUUUUCAACGCCGCUGUAUUUAUGAUUCAAACAGUGAUUUACAUUGUGCCGACAUGAUACGUACUGUUUUACGUGAAUUAUUAGAUCCAGAUAUUAGUAAUGAUAUUACUGAAGUGACACCAUCUGUUGAUUACGAUCAAACUGAUGACUAUGACGACGGUGAUAGUGUAAAUCCAUCAUCAUUGGAUACAUUAAGAUUCUAUUUGGCCACCACUUCUGUUUCAAUCAAUCAACGGCAACAACAACAACAACAACAACAACAAUUCAACGAAAUUCGUUCAUUAUUUUUACCAAAUUAUUCAACAACAUAUGCAUAUGUAUUGAUGCAAUUUUUAUACAAUGCAAUGUUUAUACAUUCAGUUGAAAAUCAAUAUCAAAUGAUGAAUAAUGAUGACAACAAUGAUGAUAAUGUUGAAUAUCAAAAAUUACGUACAAUAUUCUUAUCAUUAUUUUUAUGGCCAGCAUUAUUAUCAAGAUUAAGACCGGAUAAUAAUUGUAGUGAUGAACGUUUACAACAAUCAAUAUUACGACAAUCGUCAUCAUCAUCAUCUCGAAUCGAUGAUUCGAAUCUUAUUGAAUUGCCGGAUGAACAACAACAACAACAAGCAGCAGCAGCAACAAUUAAUUAUUAAACGUAGAGGAAGAAGACCGAAACGUAAAUUUCGCCAUGGAAGUUUGAAUGAAUUUUUACGUACACGUUCGAUACAGCAGAAAAUUUUUUUAAUUAAAAAUAUCGAUAAUUUCAAUCAAUCACAAUCAUCAUCAUCAUCAUUGCCAUCGUUAUGGUUUCAGCGGAUGAAUUUCAAACAAUUAUUAGUGGAAAAAGUUUCUGAAUUUUUGGAACAAAUUUCCAAUUAUGUUGAUGAAGAAUUAUCACGUCGUCAACGGGAAAAAGAAUCAUCGACGAAUAAUAAACGCUCAAGAAUUGUUCGUAAACGGCGUGCAUGUUCCAUCGAUGAUGAUAAUGAUAAUCCAAUUCAAAUACGACGUUCUGGUCGUAUUUCAUCACGUUCCUAUAAUAAUUCAUCUGUUGUUGUUGUUGUUGAUGAUGAUGAUCAUGAUGAUGAUGAUCAUCAUAAUAAUGAUGAUGAUUAAAAAAA